CAACUUGCAAAUAUACAUGUUCUAUUUUAAAUUUAUUCAUUGUAACAUUUGCGAUGCGGAUUUAGUAUCACAAGAUAUAAUUUAACAUUCGUCACACAUUAAGAAAAUUGAUAUUUGCAUUAUAUAUACUCGAGACCUCAUUCAAUUUUAAUAUGAGCUUUUAAUGCUUUUAAUUGAAAAAGGCAUAUUACCCUCAUUUUAAUUUUGCCCUCGUCGGGCAAUAACGUUGUGCACUCAUUUAUUGCAAGGAUUGACAACUGUAGCUUGAUGAAAACUAGCAUUAAUACUGCGGCCGCUGUGACUUGUGAAUGAACAUAAGGUUCUGUCACUUUGGAAUACUAAUUCCAUUUACUGGUAAAUCGUUAUGAUGUGUACGCUAAUGUUAUAGAUUAAUUAAAGUCAUUUACACAGUGCGGAAAGUGUCAUCAUAAAGCGGAGAGUGAUAACGUGUACUUUAUAUAUUGAAAGGAUAUUUGUACAAAAAUAAUAUAUUUUCAUAAAUGAAAUGAGUAUAACUCACAUAUAACCUAAAGUAACUCCAAUAAUGUUCAAACCAUUCUACUUUUGGAUUCAUGUAUUUAUUUAUCCUGCCAUAUAGUGAUUUUGUUAACAGAAGUUGUAAAGUGAUUGACGGUUCAGAAGAGACAUUUGGUUUCCACAGAAUAAGUUUACAUAGUAGUAAUCGUUAUAAAUAUUUGCUUUACCAAAAAUUUAAAAAUGCCAUGCUGGUACUAUGAAAAAAAGGAAUUACGGAAUACACCAUCAAUCCAAGAUGGUAUUGAUUACGAUACAGAAUGCAGAUAUAGAAAGGAAGGAGCACGUUUUAUUAUUGACACUGGUACUAAAAUGGAUCUUGGAUAUAAUACUAUGGCAACUGGUGUUGUUUAUUUUCAUCGGUUCUACAUGUUCCACUCUUUCAAGAACUUUCCUCGUUAUGUAACAGCAUGUUGCUGUUUAUUCUUGGCAGGAAAGGUGGAGGAGACUCCUAAAAAAUGUAAAGAUAUAAUAAAGACUGCCAAAACAUUAUUGACAGAACAAAAGUUUAUGACGUUUGGUGAAGAUCCCAAGGAAGAAGUAAUGACAUUAGAAAGAAUUUUAUUGCAAACUAUAAAAUUUGACUUACAAGUUGAACAUCCUUACAGUUACUUGUUGAAGUAUGCAAAAUGUCUAAAAGGUGAUAAGAACAAAUUACAAAAGAUGGUGCAAAUGGCGUGGACUUUUGUAAAUGACAGUUUAUGCACAACAUUAUCUCUACAAUGGGAACCUGAAAUAAUUGCAGUAGCACUGAUGUAUUUAGCAGGCAAGUUAAGCAAAUUUGAGGUAGUAGAUUGGAAUGGGAGACAACAGAAGCACUUGCGCUGGUGGGAUAUGUUUGUAGAAGAUGUAACAAUGGAUCUUUUAGAAGAUAUAUGCCAUCAAGUAUUAGAUCUUUAUUCACAGGCAAAUAGUACCAAGGCUCCAGAUUCUCCACCUUUGGUACCAUCUAACGAAUCUACGAGAGACCGUAUAAUAAUACCACCACCAAUAGAUUGUGCAAGCACAACUCCAAAUGUAACCCCUGGAAAAGUACCAAAAGCUGAUGUUACUGCUGUACCAGCAAAUGGCUGUCCUCCACCAGAUAUCGCGGAUGGUACAAAACCAUUAGAAUUACCUACACAUUUCCCACCAUAUCCAACGAACUUUCCUCCAGGAAGUGCGAGUUAUUCCGCUGUUUUCCCACCAACAAACAUCUCGGUACCUCCACCUCCGGUUAAUGCAAUGAAUCACAUUGUAUCUGCCAUGCAUCAUCUCGGUUCGUCGGGUUCAAUUCGACCAACACCACCUGCACCUGCACAUGGGCAACCACCUUUUCAACCCUACACAUAUCCCGCAAGUGCAACAUAUUUCCAAACUGGUAAUCCUGCACCUCCAGCGAGUACGCAACAACUGGGAACUUCCUCCUCAUCUUCAUCGAUCCAAAAAGCUCGAGAACUGGGAUGUAUAACUUCUCCAAAGUAACUUGCCAUCUUAUGCUAAUAAUCUUGAUUGUACACUUAUAAAAAAAUGUUAAUGUUUAUG